GACUUUUGACUGUUGCAAGCAAGUUGCAAGAUUCUUACAGAUACUGGACUGUUGUGCGUUGUGCGUAGGAGUUCAUUUCGAGGCUGUUGGCAUAAUUUGUGUAUUUCAUUUUCAUUUGAGAAGUGGGCUGAAAAUCAGUGGAAAAAAUAGGGUAGUCAUAAAGAGGCGUCAUACUCGUUUUUUUUUUUGCAACCAGGGAGAGGCGCUAUGCCCACUGCCCAGAGAUGCUUUCUAAUCACACCAAACUUAACCUUACCGGCGGACCUAAAGUCUUGAUUUGUGAAAACCAACAUGAGCCCUACCAAGGGAGAUUAAGAAUGCAUGGCUCAAAAUCAAGAAAGCAAGCAGUCAUCAGCCAAGGAAACACAAUCACAAUCAGAAGAGAAGAUGGACACUAGUGUGUCUCUAAAACUAGAAGCAAAUGAAAGCAAUACAAAUCUAAAAGAUACAGAGUCUGGCAAUGGCUCAACAUCUGUCGAACCAAUAAACUCUGAUGUAAACAAUGGGAAUCACAGCAAAGAUAAUGACCAACCUACUUCCUCUGCUGCUGCUGAGUCUUCAGCAGAUUCUGGCGAACCUGUUGCUGUUUCUGCGGAUGCCGCUGGGGUCGCCACGGAUGCCAAGCUCGCCUCUGCCACCGAGUCUCCUGCUGGGGGUGCGUGCGCUCCACCGGAGGCUGCCGCUGACACGCUCACGCCCUACUCGUACACUUCUCGUGGCGAGUUCACCUCGGAGAACUUCAAAAUCGAGAUCCGCAACAUGCCGCGCUACUACGGCGUCGCCCAGUUCAAGAAGUUCCUCACCAACACGCUCAAACUGAACGUGCACAAGCUGAAGCCUCUGCCGGGCCGCGGGGCCGGGAUAUUUGUCACACUGCACGACGAGGCCACCCGUCAGGAGGCGCUGAAGCUGCUGGACGGUCGGGAGUGGAAGAAGGCCAAGCUGUCGGCGCGCCCGGCUGCCGCCAUACCCGACCCGCUGCUGGCCCACCGUCAAAAGAGGAACCGUGACGAUGCUGACGGAGCCGCGAGCGCUGAGAAAAAGCCCCGCCAGGAGGUGCCUCUGUCUCAGCGCACCCGUGACGCUGUUGUUCCGUGGUGGAACGUACCCUACGACGAGCAGCUGCGACGAAAACGCUCGCACGUCUGGGGCGUUCUAGCCGAGUACAAGCGCACGCUGCGUAAGCAGAACUUCUCGCUGUUCAAGUGGAUGGAUAAGCGAGAGAAUACGGUCACCGUGGAGCCGGUUCGACCCUCGCCGGAGACGGAGUGUUACCGCAACAAGUGCGAGUUCAGCGUCGGGUUUCACCCGGACACGGGUGAGCGCGUGGUCGGCUUCCGGCUGGCCGCCUACCGGGACGGCAGCAUGGCCGUGGCUCCGCUGGACGACCUGCCGCACGUGUCAGAACGCAUGCGCAAAGCGGCCGGCCUGUUUCAGCGUCACGUGCGGGAGAGCAAGUACGCGCCGUUCAACCCUCUGACCCACGAGGGCCACUGGCGGCAGCUGCUGGUUCGUACCACGCGCGGCGGUGACCUGCUGCUGUCGGCCCAGUUCCACCCUCAGCAGCUGACUGAACAGGAGAUCGGCGCCGCCCAGGAGGAGCUGCGGGUUUUCAUGGCGGACGGGCCCGGUGCGGAGGCCGGUGUGACCUCGCUGUUGUGGCAGACGGCAGGUCGGCUCGAGUCUGGUCAGGAGAGGCCUCACCAGCUGCUCUCCGGCAGCCCUCACAUCACAGAGACGCUGUGUGGGCUCCAGCUGAGAAUAUCACCGGACGCCUUCUUCCAGGUGAACACGGCGGCCGCCGAAGUGCUGUAUGACGCCGUGGGCGAGUGUGCGGAGCUGGACUCCAACACCGCCCUCCUGGACGUGUGCUGCGGUACGGGCAGCAUCGGCCUGGCACUGGCCAGCCGCGCGCGCUCCGUGCUCGGCCUGGAGCUGGUCGAGUCCGCCGUGGCCGACGCAAAACGUAACGCCGAGGCCAACGGCAUCACCAACAGCCAGUUCUGGGCGGGCCGCGCCGAGGCGCUGCUGCGCGUGCUACUCGACCAGGCCGGUGAGGGCCGCGCGGUGGCCGUCGUCGAUCCGCCGCGCGCAGGGCUCGGUCGGGAGGUGACACAGACCCUCCGGCGCACCGAGGGACUCAAGAGGGUCGUCUACGUGGCGUGCGAUAUCAAGCAGGCGAUGAAGAACCUCCUGGACCUGGCCAGGCCGGAGAGUAAUCAGUACGUGGGCUAUCCGUUCGUGUUGCGGAGACUGGUGCCGGUGGACCUGUUUCCCCAGACGCCGCAUAUCGAGGUGGUGGCGGUGCUGGAGCGCUGCGAUCCUGACCUCUGGCGUCAGCAGGGAGAAGCUGAAGUGUCGACGGCUGUGGAUUGAGGGCAGCAGGAGGCUGGGGAUGGGGCAAAAGAGGGAGAUGGUGGUGGGGAGAAGGGGAACGGGGAGAAGGACAGUGCAGAUGUGGAGAUGAAGGAAACGGAGACAAAUUCCAAGACUGAAGCCUCUGAGACCGCUGAGACAAAGGGUCCCGAAAGUGAGGCAAAGGAGAAAAGUGAGGAGGCUGCGAAAAGCGCGUGACGCGUCAGGGCACAGGGUUAUUGGGCGAAGUCUCAUUUAUGUUAAACGUUGCUGCAUCACUGUGUUCACUCGAGACGAUAUUGUUUUAAUAUAUGAUUGAGUCGUG